GCUUCUCUACUCGAAAAAGCUCUGUAAUUUCUGAAACUAGGGUUUCGUUUUCUUCGUUAAAAAAAGAAGAGAUUUGGCACUCGACUCUGUCUAGUUUCUACGCUCUGUAAUAUUGAAAACUAGGGUUUCGAUUUUUAUUCAACGAUGGUGAAAAGAGGAGGGACGAAGAGGAAGGCCGUGCUAGAGAAGAUUGCCGAUAAGAGCUCAAAGGCUGUAACUUUUUCGAAGAGAAGGGAUGGUCUCUACAGCAAAGCCGCACAGCUCUGUGUUAUGGGCGAGGCUCAGAUCGCGAUCUUAGCGACUCCUUCUUCUUCCAACUCCAACGUCCCUUUCUUCUCCUUCGGUCACUCUUCGGUUGAUUCGCUGGUCUCUGCGUAUCUCUCCGGACAGAGGCCAGUUCGUGUCCCUGAAGAAAGCAAAAAGAUGAGGGAGGACAUAGGAAUAUGCAUGGCUCGGAAGGAGCUAGGGCUUAGUAAUUGGUGGGAGAAGGAGAAGCUUGCGACGAGUAAGAGCCUUGAAGAAAUCAUGCAAGCGAUGGAGUCCAUGGAGAUACUGAUUAGGGAUGCAGAUCGGUUGCUUGAUGAGGACGCCUUUGGUUUUAAUCAGAGAAAAGGUAAGAAGAAGAAGGACGACAGCAACGAUGUUGUUAAAACCCUAAUCGAUGUUGAUGAUGAUGAUUUACUACCUCAAACCCUAAUCACUUCAGAGGAUGAUCAGAUCAUCUCUGUUUGUGACCGUUUCUUUAACAACAACGACAAGAACGCUGCUUUAUCAACAACUCAUGCUGAGGAAAAUACUGAAGAGUGGAGCGAUAUGGAUAUUGACCAAAUCCUCAACGGUUUUGAUUUUGACAAGGAACCUGUAGAAGAAGAUCAUGAGAUUAAGGAGGUUUAUGAAAAUUUGAAAGAGUGGAGCGACAUGGAUCUUCAGAACCUCCUCAAUGAUGUUGAGAAAACUGAAGAAGAAAAAGAUGAGCAUCAGACUGAGACGGUUUCUGAUAACUCUUGCAGCAACAACAAAGCUCUGUUAUUACCAGCUGCUGCAGGAGAAUUGAAUGAUGCGCAAGAAGAGGUGCUUGGUUUUGAUAUAGCUGAUCUUGACUUGGAUUCCAUAUUUGAAGGUUUGAGCGGCGAUGAAUUUGCAGAUUCUUUUCUCAUGUUAUGAUGAGAAUGAGUCAAUGAUUACUAGGUACUGUCUGUGUAGUUCGUAUGUAAUUUGAGGACUGAGGAGAGUUCUGUUUGAUCUUGGAUCAGUUUUUUUUCUUUCUCAUAUAAGAGAAAACUGAUGCAACUCAAACAGAUUCAGCUUCGGUAAUCAUAAGAGUUUUAGUUUGUAUUAUUCUUUAGUUCAAUAUUUGUAGUCCAAAAUCAUAUGAUUCUUUCUUCAAUGAAAUACU